UAAUCCUACGCCGGCGAAAGUGGUCAUCAGCCGCCCUUACUCCGCUGCACCAAGCUGUCCGUUUAGCUCCCUCCACCAUCACACUAUUUUGAACCCCCCCUCUGUCACCUGACCUCCCUCACACUACCAACCACAACCAUGGAACCCAUCAAGGUCCAAUCCGAAGGCGGGCUCAAUGUCACCCUGACCAUCCGACUGCUCAUGCAUGGGAAGGAGGUGGGCAGCAUCAUUGGAAAGAAAGGAGAGACUGUGAAGAAAAUGCGAGAGGAUAGUGGUGCCCGCAUCAACAUCUCAGAAGGAAACUGCCCUGAGAGGAUCGUCACCAUCACCGGACCCACAGACGCCAUCUUUAAAGCCUUUGCCAUGAUCGCUUACAAGUUUGAGGAGGAUAUCAUCAACUCAAUGAGCAACAGCCCCGCCACCAGUAAGCCCCCAGUGACUCUGCGUCUGGUGGUACCAGCCAGUCAGUGCGGCUCACUCAUCGGCAAGGGGGGCUCCAAAAUUAAGGAGAUGAGAGAAUCAACUGGGGCUCAGGUGCAGGUGGCCGGGGACAUGCUGCCUAACUCCACAGAGAGGGCCGUAACCAUCUCGGGGGCCCCUGAAGCCAUCAUCCAGUGUGUCAAACAGAUAUGUGUGGUCAUGCUCGAGUCCCCACCCAAAGGUGCCACCAUCCCGUACCGCCCCAAGCCUGCCUCCACCCCUGUCAUUUUUUCAGGUGGCCAGGUAAGGGCAGAUCCGCUGGCGGCGUCCACGGCAAACCUCAGCCUCUUACUGCAGCACCAGCCACUGCCUGCAUACACUAUCCAGGGACAGUACGCCAUCCCUCAUCCUGAUCAGUUGAGCAAGCUCCACCAGUUGGCUAUGCAGCAAACCCCCUUUACCCCCCUCGGACAGACCACCCCUGCCUUUCCCGCAGCAGGUCUGGAUGCCAGUAACCAGGCCAGUACUCAUGAACUCACCAUUCCCAAUGAUCUAAUAGGCUGCAUAAUCGGACGCCAGGGAACCAAAAUCAACGAGAUCCGUCAGAUGUCUGGGGCACAGAUCAAAAUUGCUAAUGCUAUGGAAGGGUCAUCGGAGCGCCAGAUCACCAUCACAGGGACCCCCGCUAACAUCAGCCUGGCCCAGUACCUCAUCAAUGCAAGGUUCCGAGAUGUUGCAGCCAUGUGGAAUGACCCAUCUUCCAUGACAACAUCAUAAGCUCCCUGUCUGGCUUCUCUGUUUGGCCCUUUCAUUAUCGACCAGCGCACUCCUGACUAUGCCCUCUGGACUCUGACUGCGGUUCUUUGGAUACCUGACCCCCUACCUCCCUGGCACCUCCCUGACCAGGACAGGCUGGGUGUCAGCAUUUCCAGAACUGCAAAAAUACCAUUAUUUAUGUCGAAGUUCUCUGUUGAUUAGGUUUGUAGCAAAUUGUUGAAGCAUGUUGAAUGUUUAUAGGAACAACUUGUGUUUGCGUUCUUCUAAUGCCUCCAUCUUUUCUCUGUCAGUGCUGCGUAUUUGUUUUCUAAAAUAGUAAAGUACCAAACUUGUAGAAAAUAGUUUUGCAUCUUUCAGCUGCUCAGUGAUGCUAUCGGCAAGUGUGGUGGGAUGUAGCUAAAUUAACACAUUUUUGUAACUAUAUUUUUAAAAAUGAUAUUUUGAUGAUUUGAUUGCUCUGCUUUUGUCCUAAUUUGCAUUUACCCACUACUGUUUGCUGCAUCACAUGACCCUGUUCAGCCAAUGGUAUCACACCUAGAGCUUCCCAUAUUAUUUCUAAAAUUCUUCUACUGCAUGUUGAGUGUUGUACAGUGAGUAUUUGUUCAGUGAACUUGUGAACCUAUUAUGAUUAUUAUAAUAUAUCUGUGCUCCUGUUCUUUUCCACAUACUUUCAGCCAUUUCAGCCAUUCACGUCUAGUCCUGCUCCCUGCUUAAACAAAAAGCUUUCCGACAUAGCCACCCCUAUUGACUAAUAGUAUAUAGAUGCAUGAAUGGGAAUUAGUGAAAAUCAGUGGCAAAAACACUGUAUGCAUACAAAUGCAAUGAUUGUUUAACAACUUCUACUCUUUGUUUUGUACAAGACUAUUGUGACGUAGCACAUUAGUCAACUACGCGGCGCUCAUGCAAUAGACUAUUGAACACUUUACUCUGGACUUCCUCUGAUGUGGAAGAUUUAUUUGGACUGAAAAGCCAAAAGGUGCCUCCAAAAGUUUCAGCUAUCUCAUCUUAGCAGAAGAAGUAUGAAGUGAGGUAGAAAGCUGAUCUCAUUGGAUGGUGCCUGGAGGUUUUUGGGGGCCAAGAAUGUUCAGGGGUUCAGGGGGGACCAGCGGGGCUUGGGCGGACGUGACCACUCAGUCUCUUUUCAAGAUUGUUCAUCUUGUCUUUUUUUUUUUCAUCGGAUGCUUUAGGUUUGAAUGUCUUUAUAUUGUCAUUAUUAUUAUGUAUAUUUUAUUUAAAAAAUAAUGGGGACUUUUGGAGUAUGUAUUUAUUUAUGCUCUUGUGAUGCACAUAACUAUGUAUGGAAGCGACUUUCUCCCUUUCAAGGGAAAACUGCUUAUUUGUUGUGUUUGUUGACUUUAGGCCGAGUUUCUCAAAACAGCAACCUGAGAAGUAAGCUAAAUAGGUAAGGGAAUUAAAUAUACCUAUAGCUCUAUGGCUAAAAAUCACUUUAAUUUUAAUCUAAUUUUUUAUAACUAGCCACUACAUAGAUAUGGCUAAUUAGUAUCAACAAAACAUAGGGGUGCAUCAAAAACAGUGUGGCUUUUGAGAAACUCACAGUCAAUCGUUUAAGAUAAUUAAAUAUGUCAAAAAAACUGUAUUAUUUGAUUGCUGUGGCAGAAUUGUGCUUCCAUGCUUUGCUUGUUGGUAAACUACAUGUUAUUUGAAAGAAAAGUAUGCUAAUAUUUGGGACACUCUUGAGGAUGUUCUUGUUGUCAAGAUACAACGAUAACAAAGCAAACAUACUAAUGGCAUCUUGCUAAUAGUAGCUAAUAGGUAUGAAACCAAAACAACAUACAAAUCACUUGCAGCAGUAUUUAGCCAAGAAUGCAUAUUAAUUUACAUUAUAUUGUGUGUAUUUUAUCACUAUUUUGAUUAGAAGGUAGAGUUCUCUACAUCCUCAAGAGUUUUAAGGCUUUUAGCACGUUGUGAACCAUGGACAUGUCUGCUUCCAAGUGGUGAGUAACGCGUGCAUUAUCGUGACUACUGUUGAAACCAACUGCAACUAAUGCAAUAAUAAGUGCAAUGUGCAAUUCAUUUUCAUUUUACAUUUACACUGUGGCAGGAAAAGAUCAGAAUGACUUCUGUUCGAGAGCAAUGCCAUUUUGAAAAAAGUGAAGAUCUUUGUAACUAUUUUGAUGAAUUUCUUUGCUCUGUGCAGAUGUACAUUAGUUGUGAGUAAUGACAUAGGUUUUCAUUUCAAGGUGUUGCUAAGUAUACAAUUAAUAAAGUUUAAUUUUGCUUUCUGUGA